GAAAAAGGAAAGAAGAGUAUGGCGGCAAAAGAAAAGGAGAUGACGGCUGAAGAGAAAAGAAAAGAGAAUGGAACGAAGAUCCAGCGAGAAAAGGGAAAAGAGGAAGACGGCGGAAGAGGAAAGAGGAUGGAACGAAGAUCCAACAAGAAGGAAGAUGAGAGAGCAAAGGCUUAAAGUUGCUAACAAUUACAAAAUAAAUUUGCUACACGUACAUCCGGAUGUAGCAUAUAAUUUGCGCAUUGUUCUUGUUGAAGGUCAUUUUAUGUCCUGCUUUAGGAAUUAGGACAGCUUCAUAACACCAAAAAACCGCGAACUGUGCUAAACCGCGAUAACAGAUCCAGGAAGCAGUGAUGUACUGAAUUGUGAAUUGAGUUAGUUGGUCACUUGGUCCUCCCCCAUUCUCAUCUUCUACAUUGACUCUUUAACUGCAGCAGAGACGCCGAUUGUAUUGCACAGUAAGUGCUUCGGAAGUACUGCGGAGCGGAUCGAUCGGAUAGGAGUACUUUGUGGCAGAAGAAAAUGGAGAAGAUGAACCAGACGCUGGAGAAGAUGAAGAUGCUCGUAGGAAUGGAUGUGGAAGACGUCGAAGGAACCGCUAAUCAGCAGCAAGAGUCCUCGUUUGCUUUCAUUGAGGACUUCAAUCGCAACUGUACUCUCUCCACCAAGCAGAGGCUUUAUGGUUUUGCCAUCUGCUUGGCUUCUGGUGUUGCUUGUACACUUUUGUCCAUGUUGGUGUUUCUCCAUCCAGUAAAAUUUGGAAUAACUUUCUCCUUUGGCAAUCUGCUUGCACUUGGAAGCACAGCGUUCCUCAUAGGACCUAAAAGGCAGGUAACAAUGAUGCUGGACCCUAUUCGUAUCUAUGCAACCUCCAUAUAUCUUGCAAGCAUCAUCAUUGCGUUAUUCUGUGCUCUAUAUGUGAGGAACAAGCUACUGACACUUUUGGCAAUUAUAUUGGAGUUUGGAGCUCUUAUCUGGUAUAGCUUGAGUUACAUCCCAUUUGCAAGGUCCAUGGUCUCCAAAGUCAUGGUUGCGUGCUUGGACACUGAAUUCUAAGUUCUAACCACCUGAGGCUGAGGAGCGGGUGGAGUCAUAGAGAAAGAGAGAGAUCAAGUUUUGUCAUUUGUGUAUAGCAAUUAGCAAGUAAUAGAGUGAAUGUUACAUGUCAGGAUUAGCUAACUGCGUUUGAAACUCAAAUUUGCGUACUGGAUAUCAUUUUGGCUGAACCUAUUCCAGCCAUUCAGGUGCGAUGAAGCAUAAUAAGGUCUUCAAAAUAAAACUUCGUGCAGCCUUGGGCAUAUUUUCAAACGCUAAUUUCUUUGUUGGCCAAUUUUUUU